UAGCUGCAUUAUAAACACUCAUUAAAGUAUAUUUCAAGUCAUUACCACUCCUUGAUCUUGCAUGUGACUUUCACCUCACUCUUCUUCCUGCUUUCUCUUUCACCAUAGAAAAAGAGAGAGAGAGAGAGAUGUGUCCUAAAACAACCCUUUGUCUGCAGCAGAAUAAUAAAUCUUGUUUUGGGUUUGUAGCUGACAAAAGAGAUGGUUUUUUAGAAACAAUUUUGAUUCUUUGAAAGGGAGACACUUGGUAGUGGGGUUUGUGGUGGUGCAGCACUUUCAAAGAGAAUCAUCUAAGGGCUGAAUAGUCAGUUUUUUUUUUUUUUUUUUUUUUUUGGGAAGAGAUGGGUGUUGUUACGGUUGCUGAAUUGAAGCCUAGCAUAUCAGGGAAGAGAUCAUUUCGUCCAAGUUCUAGCAUAAGGCAUGCUACUGAAUGUUCCACUUCAAUCAUUCUACCAUCUUGCAGGCCAAUUUCGGAUGUUUCUAGCGAUCUUACUGUUGAAAUUGGAGCAUCAAGCUUUGCACUUCACAAGUUCCCUCUUGUAUCUCGGAGUGGAAGAAUUCGAAAACUGUUGUUAGAAGCAAAAGAUUCAAAAGUUUCACGCAUCAAUAUACCUGCUGUUCCGGGUGGAGCAGAAGCCUUUGAACUUGCUGCAAAGUUCUGCUAUGGCGUAAAUGUUGAUAUUACACUGUCAAAUGUUGCUAUACUAUUGUGUGCAGCGCAUUUCCUGGAAAUGACAGAAGAUUUUGCAGAGAAAAACCUGGAAGCUCGAGCUGAAGCUUAUUUAAAGGAGAUGGUGCUCCCAAACAUAUCGAGUUCGAUUUGUGUUCUUCAUCGCUGUGAAGUACUAUUGCCUAUAUCAGAAGAGAUCAACCUAGUUAGCAGACUUGUCAAUGCAAUUGCAAGCAAUGCGUGCAAAGAGCAGCUCACCUCUGGCUUGCUAAAACUUGACCAUAACUUCCCAGCAAAACAAGCAAACAUCGAACCUGAAACACCAUCAGAAUGGUGGGGCAAAGCACUCACAGUUCUCAAUCUUGAUUUCUUCCAACGAGUUUUAUCUGCAGUAAAAUCAAAGGGUCUGAAACAGGAUAUGAUUAGCAAGAUUUUGAUAAAUUAUGCUCAUAAUUCUCUUCAAGGCCUCGUUGUAAGAGACCCUCAUUUGGUUAAAGGAAGUCUCCUGGAUUUGGAGUUGCAGAAGAAACAAAGGGUCAUUGUUGAAGCAAUAGUUAGCUUAUUACCAACCCAAUCAAGGAAGAGUCCAGUACCAAUGGCCUUUCUUUCAAGUUUGUUGAAAACUGCAAUAGCAGCAUCAGCAACUACUUCUUGCAGAUCCGAUUUGGAGAGGAGGAUUGGUCUUCAAUUGGAUCAGGCAAUUCUUGAAGAUAUCCUAAUUCCAGCAAAUUCACAUGGAAACAGCCACAGCACCAUGUAUGACGCAGAUUCAAUCUUGAGGAUCUUCUCCAUGUUCCUUAACUUGGAUGAAGAUGAUGACGAAGACAAUCACUUGCGGGAUGAAAGUGAGAUGGUUUAUGAUUUUGACAGUCCUGGAUCUCCUAAACAGAGCUCAAUUCUUAAGGUAUCAAAGUUACUGGACAACUAUCUUGCAGAAGUUGCACUAGACUCAAACUUGAUGCCAUCAAAAUUCAUAGCACUAGCAGAAGUACUUCCAGACCAUGCUCGUAUAGUCAGUGAUGGAUUGUACAGAGCUGUGGAUAUCUUUCUCAAAGUUCAUCCAAACAUUAAAGAUUCUGAAAGAUACAGACUGUGCAAAACAAUAGACUGUCAGAAACUAUCUCAGGAAGCCUGCAGCCACGCAGCGCAAAACGAAAGAUUACCGGUACAGAUGGCAGUGCAGGUGCUAUAUUUCGAGCAGAUAAGGCUGAGGAAUGCAAUGAAUGGAGGGCACAACCAGUUUUUCUUCGGAGCAAUAAACGGUCAAUUCCCUCAAAGGUCGAGCAGUGGAGCAGGAAGUGGAGCUAUUUCUCCGAGAGACAAUUAUGCAUCAGUAAGAAGAGAGAACCGAGAGCUGAAGCUUGAAGUUGCAAGAAUGAGGAUGAGACUGACAGACCUUGAAAAGGAUCACGUGUCAAUGAAACAAGAGCUUGUAAGGACUCAUCCUGCGAAUAAGCUGUUCAAAUCAUUCACCAGAAAAUUAGGCAAGUUGAAUUCGUUAUUCAGAAUAAACGGUCUAAAGCCAAAAGGGGGCAAGUCUAAUUCAGAAGCAAGAUUCUUGCUUCAGAAAAGAAGGCGUCAUUCGGUUUCCUGACUGUAAAUAAAAAUGCGUGUAUGAUAAAGGGACUAAAAAAAGAGUGUAUAGGGUAAGAAGUAUAGUGUGAUUUUGUCUAAUGUCCAACAGUCCAGCUCCUUCUCGGUGGGUUUUGGAUUGUUGAUUCUGAGUUGCCAUGUUUAGUCAUCGUGAUUGCUCGUUUGACUUUAAUUAUUUAUUUAUCUUUUCUUUCAAUGGACUCUUCAAGGCAGGCA